UAAAAAAAAAUACGAAAUUCAACUUCUCACCGAAAUUGCUCACCAAUAUCUCUCUCUUUUACGCUGACCUCAUUCUUUUUGUAUCGAUUUAAUAACAAACCCUAUAAUCAACCCCCAGACAAUUUUACUAUCAAUCGGAGGUAAAAAGAAAGAAAGCAGCAGCAGUAGAUCCGAUGAGGAGAGUAUUCGGGGCUAAGAAAGAUAAAGAACCACCUCCUUCCUUAAACGACGCCUCUGAUCGGAUUAAUAAAAGAGGUGAAUCAGUUGAUGAGAAGAUCAAAAGGCUAGAUGGGGAACUUGCUCGUUAUAAAGAACAGAUCAAGAAAACCAGACCUGGUCCCGCUCAAGAAGCUGUGAAGGCAAGAGCAAUGAGAGUUCUCAAGCAAAAAAGAAUGUAUGAAGGACAACGUGACAUGCUGUACAAUCAAACUUUUAACCUAGAUCAAGUUGCGUUUGCUUCAGAGGGAAUUAAAGAUGCUCAGCAAACUAUGUCUGCCCUGAAAUCAGCGAACAAAGAGUUAAAAGGAAUGAUGAAGACUGUGAAGAUUCAAGACAUUGAUAAUCUGCAAGAUGAAAUGCUGGACAUGAUGGAUAUUAGCAAUGAAAUACAAGAAUCUCUUGGUAGAAGCUACAGUGUGCCAGAUGACAUUGAUGAAGAUGACCUCAUGGGAGAACUUGAUGCUCUUGAGGCCGAUAUGGGGCAGGAAACUGAAGGUGAAGGGGUACCUUCAUAUCUUCAACCUGAUAAUGAGCCCGAUUUGAAUGAAGAGCUUAACCUGCCUCCAGCUCCGAGUGGACAUGCAGUGCCAGCUGGCAGAGCCAACAAUCAGACUGUGGAUGAAUAUGGUUUUCCUGCUGUUCCUAAUGCAUCAAUUCGUAAUUAAGGGCGAACUGGUCUGCUUAUAGUUUUUUUAUUCUUGGUCACAUUGGUACUAGUAUCUGUUUACUGCUGCAAACAUUAGUGUGCAUAAUCUGAACAUGAUUACGUUUACUUGCUUUCGUUUAGGAUACAAUACUUGUGAAUGUAUAUGAUUUUGUUGACACUUCUUAAUUCAUGCAUUAUUGAUGUAAA